AUGCUUUUAUCGCUUAUUGCCCAACUUUUUUUUGCUCAAUGACCACCGUGAAGUAGAAGGAGACAUCACCUCUAAAUUCAGUGCCAAUAAUAGCGUUAUUAAGUACAAUUCUCGACAAUAUAGCUCUACCAUGGCUCAAAUACAGUCUGCAAACCUAGAUGGAUUGCCAAAAGGCUUCGUCUCUGCAAUGAGAACCUUAUUUGACAUAAUGGACGAUGAGCGUAGUGGAUUUGUUAAAUUUGCUGAUAUCCAAGAGAGGUGGCAAGAUGAUGGUACGCAGGGCUUGCCCAAAGGUGUAUUAGAAAGUCUGAAGAAAGUUACACCAGCCAAUGGUCUUUUAUCUUUUGAACGGUUUUGCACUGGCCUUAAAAUUUGUUUGCUACAAAUUAAAUCUGAAGCAGAAGCCAACAAGUUAGAAGUACCACAAAACAGACCACCAUCUGCUCCUGCCUUAAUCGUUGAUGGGCAAAACAAAGUACCUUGGACCUCCUCAAAUACAGCCACAAUUCGUCCCAAUAAUGCGAUCGCCCAGCAGCGAACGCUUAGUAUGCCACAACUUCUGGGAGGUCGUAAAGAAAGUAAUGUUGCAUUGGAAACAGUUGACAACAGAACUGUACUGGAACAAAAAAUAACAAAGCCUUACGGACCACCAAAACCUCCAAGGACAGGAGCUGGAUUAGAAGGAAGAGCCUCAUUGGGUGUAAACUUUGAAAGAAACAUUGACAAAUCUGAGAUUCGGACUGCAUUGCAAAAUUGGCAGAUGGGUUUAAUGAUGGGAGAUGAAAAAUCACUUGAAAAGAGACAAGUCAGUGCAAUGAGUUAUCAAGCGGAUCCGAGAAGUCUUGUAAGAACGGCGCGAGUUUUGGGUGAUGGAAAGGCUGUAGAUACACAAAAUAAUCAGAUCAAUGUUCAACAGAAAAAAUCAUUGGGGCGGCGCCGUGAGCCUAGACGACAUACGUUGCAGAACGGUAUUGAUUAUAAUAUGAUGAAACGGAUGAAACAGAUCGAACAAGAAAAAGAUGUGCUGCUGCAGGGUCUGACUGCUGUUGACAAAACCCGUGAAUGGUACCUCAAACAAAUUUCUGCAACUCAAGAGAAAAUUAAACACGUGGGUCGUGUGGGUUCACAUGUGGAACAAUGGACUGAAGCUCAGCAGGAAAGGUUGGAACUGCAACGAGCAAGAGUACUUGAAGUUAACCGGCAUCUCGCAGCAUUAAUAAGUAGUUGGGAACGUGGCGGUUUGCCACUUCAUAUGAAUUUAGCUGUUAUCAGCCAUCCUACCACGGCGCAAUUGCAUCAAGAUAUAGUAUCCAGACUUAAACAACAAAACCAUAGAUUAACGGAGGAAGUAAAUAAGAAAAGUCAACGUAUCGCCAUACUAGAACAAGAAAAAGAUAAUUUAAUGCGUGAAGUUUACAACCGGCAGUCAGGAAUGGGUCAACCUCGAAGAUCGACUAUGAUCCACGAGCCACACGAUCAGACAUUCAUGUAAGCAUUUAGUUUCACGAUGUGACUUCAUAAGCCUAGCACUUAUCUUUUCAAAAAGAAUAGUCCGUCCAGAAAAGGAAACUUCCUGAGCUGAAGCCAACUUUCAUAUUAUAAAGAUACAUGGAGUAUUCAUUGUAAUAAGUCUAUCUGUAUAUUAGAUUGAGAAGUCGAUAAGGUUGAUAAUUAUUACUGGUUCACAGGUGCGGUGAUUUACUUUUGUAAAACACUAAUUUAUGACUCUGUAAAAAUUGUUGUCGAAUUAAUUGUUUUGCAACAAUAUCUAUUGGAUAAUUCAUAGAUCAAAAGUUUAUAGUAUAGUUUAAUUUUAUUAGUUAUUGUAACGAGACUUUCAUUGUUUUUACUGUUAUUGAUAGAAUGUAAUUAUUUUUGUAACAUUUUUAUACUACAGAAAUGUACAUAAACGGUAGUAUGCACA